AUGGCGGGGGGGCUCCCGGGGGCCCCGGGGCUGAACCUGCUGCUGCGGCGGGACGGGAGAGUCAUCAACCUGGGGGGCAAGAGCUCGGUGUGCGUGGAGCCAGGGGACAUUUUCCGCCUGCUGACCCCGGGCGGGGGCGGCUUCGGCCCCCCCGAGGAAGGGGCCGGGGGCGACCCCCAGGACCCCCCGGACCCCCAGGACCUCUGGGCCCCCCAGAACUCCCCGAACCCCCAAAACCCCCGGAACCCCCCGAGCCCCCCGAGCCCCCCGACCCCACAAACCUUCCUGGAGCGCGGCAGCGUCUUCGAGUUCCGGCAGGCGCAGGAGGCCGUGUGACCCCAAACUGCUGUGGGGCAGCCCCAAACCCGCUGUGGGGCAGCCCCAAACCUGCUGUGGGGCAGCCCCAAAUCGGCUGUGGGGUGGCCCCAAACCUGCUGUGGGGCAGCCCCAAAUCGGCUGUGGGGCAGCUCCAAACUGCUGUGGGGCAGCCCCAAAUCGGCUGUGGGGCAGCCCCAAACCCGCUGUGGGGCAGCCCCAAAUCUGCUGUGGGGCGGCCCCAAACCCGCUGUGGGGCAGCCCCAAAUCUGCUGUGGGGCAGCCCCAAAUCGGCUGUGGGGUGGCCCCAAACCUGCUGUGGGGCAGCCCCAAAUCGGCUGUGGGGCAGCUCCAAACUGCUGUGGGGCAGCCCCAAAUCGGCUGUGGGGCAGCCCCAAACCCGCUGUGGGGCAGCCCCAAAUCUGCUGUGGGGCGGCCCCAAACCCGCUGUGGGGCAGCCCCAAAUCUGCUGUGGGGCAGCCCCAAAUCGGCUGUGGGGUGGCCCCAAACCUGCUGUGGGGCAGUCCCAAACCCGCUGUGGGGCAGCCCCAAACCCGCUGUGGGGCAGCUCCAAAUCGGCUGUGGGGCAGCCCCUGACCCCACCAUGGGUCAGCCCCCCAACUCCAGCUGUGCCCCCCAUGGGGCAGCCCCCCAUUGCUAGAUAAGCACAGUCCAUAGGGCAGCCCCCCAGCCCUGCUAUGGGGCAGCCCCAAAGUCCAUUAUGGGGCAGCCCCCCAGCCCUGCUAUGGGGCAGCCCCUCCCAAACCCCUCUGUGGGGUAACCGACCCUCUAGACACGCACAGUCCAUAGGGCAGCCCCCUAACUCCACUAUGGGGCAGCCCCCCACCCCUGCUAUGGGGCAGCCCCCUAACUCCGCUAUGGGGCAGCCCCCUAACUCCGCUAUGGGGCAGCCCCCUACCCCUGCUAUGGGGCAGCCACCUAACUCCACUAUGGGGCAGCCCCCCACCCACUCCAGCUAUGCACCUCCUCUAUGGGGCAGCCCCCAUCCCUGCUAUGGGGCAGCCCCCCCCUUUAGAUACGCACAGUCCAUAGGGCACCCCCCUAACUCUGCUAUGGGGCACCCCCCAUCCCAUCUAUGCACCUGCUAUGGGGCAGCCCCUGACCCUGCUAUGGGGCAGCCCCGAUCCCAUCUAUGCACCUCUAUGGGGCAGCCCCUUAACCCUGCUAUGGGGCAGCUCCUGACCCUGCUAUGGGGCAGCCCCCUAACUCCACUGUGGGGCUGCCCCCCAUCCCAUCUAUGCACCUCCUAUGUGGCAGCCCCGCUAUGGGGCAGCCCCACCCACUCCAGCUAUGCACAAUCUAUGGGGCAGCCCCCAUCCCAUCUAUGCACUUCCUAUAGGGCACCUGCUAUGGGGCAGCCCCCAUCCCUGCUAUGGGGCAGCCCCCCCUUUAGAUACGCACAGUCCAUAGGGCACCCCCCUAACUCCGCUAUGGGGCACCCCCCAUCCCAUCUAUGCACCUGCUAUGGGGCAGCCCCUGACCCUGCUGUGGGGCAGCUCCUGACCCUGCUAUGGGGCAGCCCCCUAACUCCACUAUGGGGCUGCCCCCCAUCCCAUCUAUGCACCUCCUGUGGGGCAGCUCCUGACCCCCCUAUGGGGCAGCUCCUGACCCCGCUAUGGGGCAGCCCCAGAGUCUGCUAUGGGGCAGCUCCUGACCCCGCUAUGGGGCAGCCCCAGAGUCCGCUUUGGGGCACCCGCCAUCCCAAAUAUGCACCUCCUGUGGGGCAGCUCCUGACCCCGCUAUGGGGCAGCCCCCAUCCCUGCUAUGGGGCUGCCCCACAUCCUAUCUAUGCACCUCCUAUGGGGCAGCCCCCAUCCCUGCUAUGGGGCAGCUCCUGACCCUGCUAUGGGGCAGCAUCCCCUUUAGAUAUGCACAGUCUAUGGGGCAGCCCCCCACCCUAGAUACGCACACUCUGUAAGGCAGCCCCCACCCCUCCAUGGGGCAGCCCCCCAGCCCCAGCUCAGCCCCUCCAUGGGGGGGCCCAGCUCCCCCCUUUGGGGGUCUCCCCCCGGUUCCCCCCCAGCCUCCAAUAAAGCUUCUGCACCCCCCAA